UCACGAGGUCACGAGAGAGUUCACUUUCGGUUCCCUGGUAAGAAUGGUCGAAGAACAAUUGUAAGUGCCUGAAUCAUGUUCAUUGGAGAUACCGGUAUGGCAAGGAAUGGGACAGGCUAAAUAGAAUUUGUGAAAUACGGUGUCCUCUAUAAUAGACGUAAGCUUCCUCCCCUUCCCAUCAUGGCUACCUCCAUGGAUCAGUCCACUGUUCUUGAAGAUGAGCUCACCUGUCCCGUGUGCUUGGACCUGUUCCGGGACCCCCACCUGCUGCCUUGCGGCCACAACUUCUGCCUCCUCUGCGUCCGCCGCCUCAAACGCCAGGCAGAGCGAGGUCGCUUCCGUUGCCCAGAGUGUCGCGAGAGCCACCGCUGCUCCGGAGCCUCGCAGAAGAACUUCAAGCUGGCCAACAUCGCCGACGACUACCGCCUCCGGGGACAGGCAGCGUUGUCAAGACCACAACAACCAGAUGGUGGCCGCCCGGCAACAGCCAAGACCCCUGUGUCCGUGCCCUGUGACUACUGCCGCCCAGGGGACAUUAGCGAGGCGGGGAAAGGGGAACCUGGAGCUCCCGGGGCUGGAGGAGAGGUGGUGUUUGCGGUGAAGACGUGUCUGAAAUGCGAGGUGUCCAUGUGUCAGGAGCAUGUGAAGCCCCACCUGGAGCUACCUGCAUUUAGGGAGCACCCCCUGACCGAGCCCCUGGGAGACCUGAGGAAGAGGAAGUGUCCCGAACAUGAUGAGAUGUACCGCUACUACUGCAUGGACGACAGGAUGUGUGUCUGUAAUGCCUGUACCAUAGAGGGGGGCCACGCCGGACACACCAUCAAGACCCUGAAGAACACCAUGAAGGGUCUGAAGGGCAUUCUGGAGACCCAGCUACAGAAGGUGGACAGGAAGUUGAGCAAAGCAGAAAAAACUCUCCAGGAGCAGAAAGUGGAGGAACAAAUUAACAAGAAGUUCCUGGAGGACUCGGACCAGCGGAUCAUGACGGUGGGGGAGGAGUUACAGGUCCACCUGGAGGGCUUGCUCACAGCCUUAAGGGACUGUACCCGCUCCCAAGAGAGCGAGUGUGGCCCCAACAUCCAGCGGAACAUAGCCAAGGUGACCCAGGAUCACGCUCGUCUGCAGGAUGUCCACAGCAGAAUCCAGAACCUCGCCCAGGAGAACGACCCCUUCCGCUUCCUAGAGGCAUACAAAUCAUCAAGCAAAAAUUUCUGCAGGCAGUUGAAGAAGCCCCUCUUCUACCCAGAGUAUGUUGGUGUGGACACUGAAGGCCUGGCCGAAGCCCUGGAGGUUAAGCAGGAUGACUUCCUCACUAAUGUACGCUCCUGCAUCUCUCAAUUCAUCGACGAUAUCUGUCCUUCAGUCAGGGAAGAGCCGGACACCGGAGGAGAGGAAGAUGAAGAUGACGACGAGGAGGAUGACAGUGAUGGAGAUGAACAAGAGGAGGAGAUGAGCGAGGAAGAGGAGGGUAUACACGACCACGAGUCAGCAGACGAACUCUACGGUGAGGAAGAUGAAGAGGAGAUUUAUUCGAACUGAUGAAAUGACUAUGGGGUGAAUUGUCAAAUCCAUUCUUCCAUUUAAGUCAAACCGUCUCUCAUAGUCAAAUAUUGAUGUCAGUGGGAGGCUAUAUAAAAAAUUUCCUUUGAAUUUCGGAUUUUCCCAACCAUUUUGGGAAACCUUUCAAAUAUUAUACAUUCUACAUCAAUGUUUCAAAGGGGAGAUGUAUAUGGGUGCAUGGAACCAUAUUUCAUAUAUAGUGCACUACUUUUGACCAGGCUUUGGUCAAAUGUUGUACACUAUUUAGGCCAGGGCUAUUCAACUAUAUUCUUACAGAUGUAAAAAAGGUUUAAUUGCAGGGGGGGCAGACAUUUUCCACAUGUGUUUAGUUUAAGGAAGAACUGUUUAAAAAAUAAAAGCACACACCAGUAAAGUACUUUUCUUAAAUUGUUGCUAAAAUGAAUUAGGAAAGAAGUGGAUGUCGCUCAACCAAUGUGGUUAGAGGUGCAACCCAAAAAUGUAAUAAUUGAAAAGGAAAAGGCGCAAUGUUCGCUCACCAUUUAAAGCUUCUUAAAAGUAAUUAGGUCAUUUUAAAUUCUGAAAACAAAGUAUCUCAAAAAAUAACACACAUAUGUCAAGUCCGGUAAUGUCAAAUUCCAGUCUGAAGGAAGUAUGCUUUGAAUUUAUUUCCCUCAGUCAUUUGGUGCGUUUUUUUUGUCACACUUCCUCUAGCAAGUCCUCGUGGGCAUCAGAGAGGGAAACAGAAGGCAUGUACGUGUGCUUAGCUUUCAGAAAUGGGGUCAAAAAGUAUUUGUUCCCUUAAACCGUUAAAAUGCUAGAGCCAAACUCAUAUAAAGAAAGAAGAAUCCAAAUGUCACAUAGGUGCUAGAAACCAUAGUGCUUGUCAUUUUGGCACUGAAUGUCGGAUUUUCACAAUUGAUCAAAGGGCCAGUCUAAAUAAAUAAACGGGACGGAUCUGGCCCGCAGGCCACCAGUUGAAUAGCCCUGAUUUAGGCAGUAGGGUGCCAUUUGGGAUGAAGACUAUAUUUUUGUAGUUCAAGAUUAUACUGUUAUAGCUAAACACUGGGUUUCUAAUUCUAACCUCAAACUGUUUUAUUUUUUGACCAAAGCACUUGUUCCUAACCUGACUGGUGUGCCAGAUGGGUGGGGUUUGCAGUUUUAGAUAUACUCCAUUGCUUUCAUUAAACUAGGCAAACUCAAUCAAGUACAGUAUUUGAAAUGAUUUUAAAUGUUUUUUAGACCCAGGUCUGGGGCCAUAGUCAUAAAACACCUCAGUGUAGGAGUUUUGCCUUUUUAGAUCAUAAUGAAUAAGUUAAUAUUGACAGGGGGAACCUGUUCCUAGAUCUGAAAUCCUACUCUGAGACGCUUUAUGAAUACAGGACCUGGUCUAGUAUAUAGUGCAUUCGGGUAAGGAUUCAGAGACCCCUCAACUUUUUCCAUAUUUUUGUUACAUUUUAGAACAAGGCUGUAAUGUAUUAAAUUUGUUUUUUUCCCCCCCAAAUUCAAUUUACACAAAAUACCCCAUAAUUAUAAAGCAAAAAUAAGUUUCUAGACAUUAUAGCAAAUGUAUAAAAAAAAAAACUGAAAUCACAUUUACUUAUGUAUUCAGACCCUUAACUCGGUACUUUGUUGAAGCACCUAUGGCAGCGAUUACAGCCUCGAGUCUGCUUGGGUAUUACGUUACAAGCUUGGCACACCUGUAUUUGUGGAGUUUUUUCCAAUUGUCUCUGCAAGGCCUUUCAAGCUCUGUCAUGUUGGAUGGGGAGCAUCUCUCUAUAGAUGUUUGAUCGGGUUCAAGUCCGAGCUCUGGCUGGGCCACUCAAGGACAUUGAGACUUGUCCCGAAGCCACUCCUGCAUUGUCUUGGCUGUGUGCUUAGGGUCGUUGUCCUGUUGGAAGGUUAACCUUCGCCCCAGUCUGAGGUCCUGAGCGCUCUGGAGCAGGUUUUCAUCAGGGAUCUCUCUAUACUUUGCUCCGUUCAUCUUUCCUUCGAUCCUGACUAAUCUUCCAGUCCCUGCCGAUGGAAAAACAUCCCCACAGCAUGAUGCCGCCACCACCAUGCUUCACCGUAGGGAGGGUGCCAGGUUUCCUCCAGAUGUGAUGCUUGGCAUUCAGGCCAAAGAGUUCAAUCUUUGGUUUCAUCAGACCAGAUAAUAUUUUUUCUCAGGGUCUGAGAGUCUUUUGUUGUCUUUUGGCAAACUCCAAGCGGACUGUCAUGUGCGUUUUACUGAGGAGAGGCUUCCGUCUGGCCACUCUACCAUAAAGGCCUGAUUGGUGGAGUGGUGCAGAGAUGGUUGUCCUUCUGGAAGGUUCUCCCAUCUCCACAGAGGAACGCUCGAACUCUGUCUGAGUGACCAUCGGGUUCUUGGUCACCUCCCUGACCAAGGCCCUUCUCCCCCGAUUGCUCAGUUUGGCCUGGCGGCCAGCUUACAAACGUCUUCCAUUUAAGAAUGAUGAAGGCCACUGUGUUCCAAUUCCUUCGACCUCAUGGUUUGGUUUUUGCUGACAUGCACUGUCAACUGUGGCACCUUGCAUUGACAGGUGUGUGGCUUUCCAAAUCAUGUCCAAUCAAGUUGUAGAAACAUCUCAAGGAUGAUCAAUGGAAACAGGAUGGACCUGAGCUCAAUUGCGAGUCUAAUAGCAAAGGGUCUGAAUACUUAUGUAAAUAAAGUAGUCCUGUUUUUAGUUUAAUACAGUUGUAUUAAAAAUACAUAAUUUAAUACAUUUUAGAAUAAGGCUGUAAUGUAACAAAAUGUGGAAAAAGUCAAGGGGUCUUACUUUCCGAAUACAGUGAAAGCUACAUUUUAUUUUGUAUUCUCUGGUUGAACGCAUGGUGCAUUGUUAUACUGUGUUUAUUAUUUGAGUGCACUGGAUAAUUAAUAUUAUAUAAAUAAUUGAAAGGUAUAGCACUUACCUGCAGAUAUGAAUUUCAAACCACAAUAGUUCACAACUAAUUUAGUACAUCUAGGUAGCCUUGAGUCCAAUAUUUAUAACCAUAGGGGUUAGCAAGAUUGCAAAAACAGAUCUGGGACCAGGCUAGCAUUUAGGUGUUUGUGUAACUAGACACAUGAGUGCAUGUCUUGACUGAAUUCUGACUUAUGUGAAUUUAUACAGAAGAUGGAUUGUAGAAAGAAAACAAAGGAGACUUGACAGACGGGUAGAUGUGUAAAGCGUGGGUGUGUUCUUCAAAAGCUGUUCGCAAUUUGUCAAAUAAGUUGAGAUAAUGUUUAUCAAUCUGUUUAAUAAUGCACAAUAUAAUGCAGUAUAUGUUUGUAAUCAUUUGCACACCCACGGUCCUAUUCAUUAGGCACCAAACAAGAAAACUGGGAAGGAUGGACCAGGACUUGUCCAAUAAGAAGCCCUUGUUCUCCUUUCCCGUUGCAAAAAGUUUUGAAAUGGUGCAUACUAAUGAAUACGACCCAUGUUUCAUGACUUGCAGUUCGGAGAAACAUUUGCAGUUCUACUUCUAAUGACUGUAGCAAUCGAUAAUGUGUGCUAUUUUAGACAUAUUUUGUAUGGCUAUCUAUUUGCAAAUAAGUUCUGCAAAUAACAUGGUGGUACAUCAUGGCUUUUGUGUCUUGCAUGGGAUCUGUUUUUUCUUCACAUUGUUAUGAAAGUUGACAGUGAAUGUUUGUAAAUAUCAUUUGACAAAAUAAUAUAUUUUUCAGGGAUUUUCAUACGGGUGAUUUUGAGCAAAUUAGUUGUCGUUCUAUCCAGCCAAUCAAUUCUGCAUGAAUGUUAUAAAGAUAAAUAAAUGCAUUGUGCUGUUAUUACA